GGCGGGGCCGGUGCCUCGCUGGGCUCCCUGGGCUGCGGGCGGGCCCGGGCGGCGCGGUGCGCUCGGCCGGGAGCAGUUUCAGGUAUAAUUCAGUAGGAAGAGCAUAUGGCUGGCAAAUAGAAAGUCACUGCUCUUUUGGAAGGCCUCCCAUUCCACUGCACCAGGACUUUCCAGCUGAAUCUUGGUGGGAACUGUGUGUGUGGUGUCAGCUGGCUGGGAAGCUCUCACAGCUGAGCUGGCAGCCCCUGGAGGUGGCUGUGGGUGCACAAGGUGUCACCUUGACAUCGUGUGUCAGUGCUGGGUGGUGACAAUGCCCUGUUCCAGAGCCAGAUGAAACCCUGGAGUGUGAGGGUGUGCACACUUCCAUGAGGGUGUGCACGCCUCCACUGGAGAUUGCUGGAAGGCCUGGGAAGGUGACUGGAAGCAGCAGCAGAGGGGGAAGGUUCCAGGACUGUGUGGCUUUCUAGAAGAUGACCAUAGAGGAUCUCCCAGAACCUUCCUUUGAAGGAGAUUCCCUCAUUGAAAGAGAACGAUUCUUAUUCCCAAACUCUGAAACAUCUGUUACCUUUUCUGUUGCUGCAGCACCAAUGCCUUCAGACUGUGAGUUUUCCUUCUUCGAUCCCAAUGAUGCAGCAUGCCAAGAAAUACUCUUCGACCCCAAAACAUCAGUUUCUGAAUUGUUUGCCAUCUUAAGGCAGUGGGUUCCACAGGUCCAGCAGAAUAUUGAUAUCAUUGGGAAUGAGAUCAUUAAAAGGGGUUGCAAUGUGAAUGACAGAGAUGGACUGACUGAUAUGACUCUCCUGCAUUACACUUGCAAAUCAGGGGCUCAUGGCAUUGGUGAUGUUGAAACUGCUGUAAAAUUUGCAACCCAGCUGAUUGAUUUGGGUGCUGACAGCAGCUUGCGCAGCCGCUGGACAAACAUGAAUGCCUUGCACUAUGCUGCCUACUUUGAUGUUCCAGAACUCAUCAGUGUUAUUUUGAAAAAUGCAAAGCCAAAAGAUGUGGAUGCCACCUGUAGUGAUUUUGAUUUUGGAACAGCUUUGCAUAUUGCUGCAUUUAACCUAUGCACAGGAGCUGUCAAGUGUUUACUGGAACACGGAGCAAAUCCUGCCUUUAGGAAUGACAAAGGGCAGAUUCCAGCAGAUGUGGUUCCUGAUCCAGUGGAUAUGCCACUGGAAAUGGCAGAUGCAGCAGCCAGUGCAAAGGAGAUCAAGCAGAUCCUGCUGGAUGCAGUGCCUCUCUCGUGUGACAUCUCCAAAGCCAUGAUUCCAACCUAUGACCAUGUCACAGGCAGGGCCAUGCUUUUGUCACUUGGCCUGAAGCUGGGAGAUCGUGUUGUUAUUGCAGGACAGAAGGUUGGUACCUUAAGAUUUUGUGGCACAACAGAAUUUGCUAGUGGCCAGUGGGCUGGUGUAGAGCUGGAUGAACCUGAAGGGAAGAACAAUGGAAGUGUUGGAAAAGUCCAGUACUUCAAGUGUGCACCAAAACGCGGUAUCUUUGCACCCCUUUCCAAAAUUAGCAAGGCUUCUGAUCACAAGAAAAGCUCCGUACGAAGCUCUUCCACACGCUCUUCACCUUUGGUCAAAUCCAAGAAAGUAGAUGUGACACAUAUAACUUCCAAAGUGAAUUCUGGCUUAAAUAUUACAAAAAGAGACAGUGCUUCUGAAAACAACUUUCUGACUGCUAACAGGGGAAAAACUGUACCUGCAAAAGAUGGUUUUCCUGGGUACAGCAGCUCUUCCUCUUCUACUGCCUCCUUGGAAGGCAAAAGGAAUUACUCCAAGAAGAGGAACUCAACGAGCAGCAGUAAAAAGGCCCUGACCAGAGUGUCUUCUGCCUCGUCUAAGACUAGUGCUGGGCUGUAUAGUUCCCCAACCACGAGGAAAAAUGCUCUUGAUGGAGAAAUCCAGGUUGGAGACAGAGUACUGGUGGUGGGACAGAGAACAGGCACUGUUAGAUUUUGUGGGACAACAAAAUUUGCACCAGGGUUCUGGUGUGGGAUUGAACUGGACAAGCCCCAUGGGAAGAACGAUGGCUCCGUGGGAGGAGUGCAGUACUUCAGCUGCCUCCCCAGAUAUGGCAUUUUUGCACCCCCAUCUCGUGUACAGAGACUGACUGAUUCUCUGGAUUCUCUCACAGAGACUUCAUGGAGUAAAGCAACUCACACUUUUCCAGGCUUUAGACGCAGUUUAAGCAGCACUUCUGCCUCUUCACAAAAGGAGAUAAACAGAAGAAAUGCCUUUGUUAGGUCCAAGAGCUCGGUGCUGCGGCGCAGCUGGAGCAGCAGCAGCAGCGGCACCGCUGCCUGCGAGGGGCCCGUGAAGCUGCACGAGGGCUCGCAGGUGCUGCUGAGCAGCUCCAACGAGAUGGGCACCAUCAGGUACAUCGGCCCCACGGACUUUGCCCCGGGGGUGUGGCUGGGGCUGGAGCUGCGCAGCGCCAAGGGCAAGAACGACGGCUCGGUGGGGCAGAGGCGCUACUUCAGCUGCAGGCUGAACCACGGCGUGCUGGUGCGGCCCAGCAGGGUCACCUACCGCGGCAUCAACGGUGCCAGGCUCGUGGAUGACAUCUGCUGAGCCCCACGCCCUGGGGAAUGAGGGUUGCAAAGCACAGAGGAACCCCCCCUGCCUAGAAUGCAAACUUGUUUUGGGAUCUUUAAAUCUGCAUUUUGCGUUUUACAUAUAGAAGUGUAUAUGUAUGUGUGUGUAUAUAAUAUAUAUAUAUUUUAUAUAAAUAUAUAUAUAUAAAACAGAGAGAUAAAAAAGUGUUCAGUCAUGUUAAGAAGUAGAACCACUGUUGAGUUUCUCUUACUUUAAUGACCCUUGCCUGGAAGGUUAUUAAAGCAUCUUGGGUUUAAGAUGCUGCAUCAUUUGAAAACCAUUCCAGUUGGAGAAUAGAGUGACUGCAGCGUUCUCUAAAGCUCCUGUGUGGUUCAUGCAGUAUUCAGAGGGUUUUUCUCCAUGUAAUAAUGAACUGGAAAUGUUUGUGCAUUGCCUGCUUUUGACAGUGGAGGUGGUUGAUGGGUGACAUUAGCCUGAUUCCUGGGCGCUUUGUCAAUUCCAAUACCAGCUGCUAGCAAUAAGAAAGGAGGAAAAGUAAAAGCCAAACCCCCCACCCUCCCCACCCUUUUCCAAACAGUUGUGGAGUAUUUUUGCAUUUUACUGUUCAGAUCUCCCUUCCUCUUUCCCCCUGUCCUCCUCUCCAUAAUACAAAAGGGCUGAUAAAUAUAAGGAUUUGCCCCUCUCCUAGUGAAGAGCAGCAAUUAAUAAGAAGCCUUUAAAAAGCACAAAUAUGCUGCAUGUCAGUCUGUACAGUAACAAGCACUUUUUGUUCUGCAUUUGUAGAACGAGCUACUUACAAGAUGCACUCUUUAAAAUAAUGCACUUUGCACUCUCCUGGAGAGCUUACCCUCAUUUUUAGAGAUUAUUUUUUUGUUUGGGGUGCUGCAGGCAAUGAGUAUGACAGUUGUAAAAUGCAAAUAAACCCAGAGUGGAAUACAUAAUUCCCUUAUCAUAAAUAUCAAGUCUGUAUAAAUACAGCAAGGUAAUUCCUGCCAAUGGUAUGGAACAGAUACAGAGUUUUCAAGCAAGCUGUUGCCAUUUUUGAUUAGUUUGUGACACUGAUUCUUUUUGUUUGCUUUGGAACAGUUUCCAGUAUAAAUUUUUUGUGAGAUCUUAUGAUGACUUAAGGAUAAUUUUAGGUACAGCACUGUAAUGGGCCUUUAUGUGACAUCAUUUGUGUAUCAGCCUUUUAGAACAGCUAAUUUUUUUGUCCAUAUUUUAAACAUAGAAUGUAUUUUAAUUGCUCAGCAUAUGUAAACAUUACCUGAACUGGAUGGGUUUGUGUUCCAGAACAGUCAUUUUACUCUUAAAUUAUUUGCUUGCUCUUGCCUACUUGAAGAAGUGAUACUUUAAAUCAUAAUAUCCUAUUUUUAGACAGAAUCCUGCUGCUGUAACCUUCUUUUAAAUGUUGCUGUAGUUAUUUUUCCUGAUCUGUAUUUAAAAUAAUGCAUAUUGUAUUCUAACUCAUGGGAAUUUUAAUUGAAUAUAGAAGCUGUAAAUUUUGAAUGUAAAAAAAAAAAGUAAUGCUUUAUAUUUAGAGAUGCAGAUAUUCAGUGACGUACUGAACUUUACUUUGUCUAAUAUCUGUUUCCUGCUGAUAUUAAUAAAAUAAAACCCUGUUAAAUAGAAGA